AGUUCUUAUACCGCUGCAUUACUGACCAGCAAAGUCAGAAAUCAUAUAAUACACUUAUAAAUGGCGAGCGCUACAAUGCUUAAUUGCACUGCGAGUGUGGGCAUGCAGCGAUCUACUCUGCUAGGGCAGAGGAGGGUCACUCUCCCCACAAGGAUCCGGAGUGGAAGGAUCUCGAGGUCACUGUCGGCAAGGACGCAGGCAUUGGCAGUCGGCGACAAGCUGCCAGGCGACAUCAAGCUCAACUACUUCGAUAAGGAGAACAACAUGCAGGAGAUCAGCGUUGAGGAGCUCACAAAGGGCAAGAAGACGGUCAUCCUGGCAGUGCCAGGGGCGUUCACCCCAACUUGCAGCCUGAAGCACCUGCCUGGCUUCGUGGAGAAGGCGGAAGAGAUCAAGGCAAAGGGCGUUGACACGAUUGCAUGUGUGGCCGUCAACGAUGCCUUUGUGAUGGACGCGUGGAGCAAGAGCGUGGAUGUUGGCGACAAGAUCCUUAUGCUCGCGGAUGGCAGCGCCAUUUUCACCAAGGCAAUUGGCGCUGAGUUGGACCUGUCAGACAAGGGGCUGGGCAUCCGCUCGCGCAGAUUCGCCCUGCUGGCAGAUGACGGCGUGGUGAAGGAGCUGAACCUUGAGGAGGGAGGUGCUUUCACAGUCAGCAGUGCAGACACCAUCCUGGCCGCACUUUAAAUUUGCGGCUCAGCUCAGCUCCCUUGCACUCCUGCAAGCAGUCCGCCAACUUGCUCGAGAUGGCCAGUAUAAAACACUUCAGGGCACUUUUGUGUUGAUACUGAUCAGCAGCCGAGCCUUGCUGUUGAGGACGAUAGGACCUCUUGCGAGCGUGCAGGCCUCUAUAAGAUAUAAAGUACAUAAAAAAUACAGAAAAAUAAGCGCCCACAACAGAUCCUUGAGCUGUGCAUGUGCAUGCAGUGCAGAGAUCGCAAGUGAAGGGUCUUGCAUUCUACACAGAGUGUCAGUGUUUGAGAGGAACCUUGGGUAUUGGGGUUGGCAUGUGUGCGGCACGUUGCUGAUGAAAGCAUGAAGAGGUUGUGCAAAUAAUCGUCCCCACAUCGGCACGGCACAGUUUUGUAGGUUGUAGAGAGGAUGACAUGCAGUGUUGCUUUUUCCAGCAAGAGUGGAGCCCUUGAAACGAACAGGAGGCAUAAAGAGCUGUGAAACUCUUCACAGCAAUAUAGGUGCCACUGGCUGGCAUCAGCGUUUUCUCAAAUCCCACCGAGGGUGUAAGCUUGGAUUGCUGCAU